UCAGUAGACUAGAUGCUAGGUCUGAGGUUUGAGGAACACAUCCAGGAAGCUGGGCUGACAGAUAAGAGCAGGGUGAAAACGCACCGUAACAAGAAAUAAACCAGACAGUAUUUCUACUUAUUUUUAAGUUUGAAACAGAGGCUCUCUGUUUCUUUCCGUGUUUGAUCUCCAUCAGGACGUAUGGUGUCUGGACACAUCAGGUCUUCAUGAUAUGGCAGGUCUCGGUGGGCCGAAGGUCUUGCUGCUUUGGGCUGGGUUGCUUGGCUUGGCCAGAUGUCAGUCGUCAGGGCCGAUAGGUGGCUCCACUCCUCCAAGCACUCCUCCAACCCUACCCACAAGCACCUCCACCUCUCAGGCUUCGAGCCAAACUGCACCACCAAACGUCAGUGAGCAGACUGACCUCUUGACAACGACACCCUCUGACCUUCCAAGCACUUCCAACCAACAAACAAACCAUUCUGCCCCAAACACUGUCGCCCCCAGCCAGGCAUUACCCGCAAGCAACUCCACCACUCAAAAUCAGUCCUUACCUACCCCACCUACCCUCACUCCAACCUCUCUUGCAAGCACCCCUCCCAGCACCAAGCCAGUCAUCCUCACCACAGGCACCCAGACUCCACCAAACUGCACAUAUUCAGUGGAAAACAUCAAACAUGACUUACGGAUCAACAUUCCCAGAUCGAAUACAUCUGACCCUGACGACUAUGUCAUUAGUCUUACUGAUAUGUCAGGCAACAAAAGCACAUAUACGGUGGAAAACACCACACCAGGCUCGGAGAUCAACAUUACCAGAUCAACUACAUCUGACCCUGACUAUGUCAUCCGUCUCACCAAGAUGCCAGGCAACAGAUGGAAAUUCAAAGAUCCCCUGAAAUGCACAAGCAUUCAAUCAAGCAAUCCACCAGUCAACUCCACUCUCUAUACACUCUCCUGUCCAAUAUAUAUGUUAAAGCCUUGUACCAACUACAGUGUGAUGGUGGAGUUAGGCAAUGAGAUCUGCAAACUAAGUGAUAAAAAGCCUUUCCACACUGGUCAAAUGGUUGAAAACAACAUCUAUCCCAAUACUGAGUGCGUCCCAGGGUAUCUUUGCUAUGAGAGUAAAUGGGAUAUUAGUGACACAAUACAGCCCAAGAAGGCCUCCAUUCAGACAUGCAAUAAUACUAAUCACCAGUGUAUCAAGUUAACCUCCGAUGACUUUUGCUCAGAACUCAAAACAAACUUUAGCUGUUUUACUCCCAACGUUAUCAAAACACCCAUCACCCUAGAUCUAUUUGAGAGAAGUUCAGUUGAAAUUGAAAUAAAAACUUCCAAUAAACUUCCUCUUCAACCAAAUUGGACUAACAAACCAAAGAACUGUAGCAAGAGUAUAGAACUGGAUUAUUCCUGUCAGGGACCAGGUGCAUCUAAUGUGACCAUCUCUAUGUUGGAGCCCUACACCCGGUAUAACUGUACUGGGCGUGUCAAACUCAACAAUCAGACAACAAAUAAUACCAAGUCCUUUCUCGUCAACGUAGAAUGCAGGUUAAACAUAACAUUGUCAAGCCCAACCCAGAGCAAUACAUCCAUUAGCCUGAGUUGGGAGACAACCUCUGAAAACUGCCCACACGAACAUCUUUUGAAGCUCUCAUACAACGGCUGCUGCACACAAGUGAAUGGCAAAACAGAAUGCUAUUCAGGGCUAGUUACAAACAGCCGUGUUGAGAUCACAGGAUUGGAACCAUAUAAAGAUCAUACAUGUUAUGUAAUUCCACAUUACAAUCGCCAGCCAGUACCGGAGAAGACAUCGUAUCCAGUAGACCUAAAGACCAAACCUGGAAUUCCUGGAAAAGUCGAGAUCUCUUCUCUGAUUUUGAAAGAAAACAAUCAUUACGAAAUUAAAUGUAGUCCACUACAGAAAGAAAAAUAUAACGGAAAGAGCAUUACAUACAUAGCCUUUCUCGAUGACGGACAGAAAAGGAAUAACAGCAACUGCCAAUUUGAUUUCAAAGAUCUUAGCUAUUCCACAACGUACACACUAACUGUGUUUGCUUUCAACGGGGAAUUCAACAGUACACCGUCAGUAAAACAUAUUGUCACUCGCUACAAUGACAAAGCUGCCAUUGGGAUCUUGGGUUUCUUCAUCAUCCUUACCUCCCUCGCCCUCAUCUUCGUCGUCUACAAAAUCUACCUUCUGCAUCGCAAGAAGUUUGGCAACAACAAUGAAACUCUUGAGCUGAUUGAGCAAAGCAACGAGGACAGCCUGUUGAACGUGGAGCCCAUUGUAGCAGACCUCCUCCUUGACACGUACAAGAGGAAGAUAGCAGAUGAGGGUCGACUGUUCUUAGCCGAGUUUCAGAGCAUUCCAAGGAUCUUCAGCACCUACUCAGCAAAAGAAGCCAGGAAACAAUGCAAUCACGCCAAGAAUCGCUACAUCGACAUCCUGCCUUAUGAUCACAACCGCGUCCAGCUGACUUCUGGGAGAGGAGAGACAGGAUGGGACUACAUCAACGCCAGCUUCAUAGACGGUUACAAGGAAUCAAAGAAGUACAUAGCAGCCCAGGGUCCAAAGGAGGAGACUGUAGCUGAUUUCUGGAGAAUGAUCUGGGAGCAACAGUCAUCCAUCAUUGUCAUGGUGACCCGUUGUGAGGAGAGUAACAGGAAUAAAUGUGCCCAGUACUGGCCGUCCGCUGAGGACGAGGCAGAGAUCUUCGAUGAGUUUGUGGUGAAGCUGAAUGGAGAGGACCUCUGCCCCGAUUACAUCAUCCGCCGUCUCACCCUGACUAACAAGAGGGAAAAGUCCUCAGAGAGGGAGGUGACCCACAUCCAGUUCACCAGCUGGCCGGACCACGGCGUCCCAGGGGAACCCCACCUUCUCCUCAAGCUGCGACGCCGCGUCAACGCCUUCAAGAACUUCUUCAGCGGACCCAUCGUCAUUCACUGCAGUGCGGGAGUGGGGCGUACUGGCACCUACAUCAGCAUAGAUGCUAUGAUGGAGGGUCUGGACUCAGAGGGACGAGUGGACAUCUAUGGUUUCGUGGUCGGGCUCCGUAGACAGAGGUCCCUCAUGGUCCAAGUGGAGGCCCAGUACAUUCUCAUCCACCAGGCUCUGAUAGAGCACAACCAGUUUGGAGAGACAGAGGUCCCCCUGUCUGAGUUGCACUCCACACUGGGCAGGCUCCAGAAUAGAGACCCUGGCAGUGAUCCCUCCUUGCUGGAGUGCGAAUUCCAGAGACUUCCCAAGUACAAGAACUGGAGGACCUUCAACAUGGGGACCACCGAGGAGAACAAGAAGAAGAACCGGUACUCGUCAGUGAUCCCAUAUGACUACAACCGAGUGCUGGUCAAGAUGGAGGACGAGAGCAGCCAUGACAGUGACCAGGAGUCGGAUGAGGACGAUUCGUCGGACGAGGAGGAGGAAACGCCCUCCGCGUACAUCAACGCCUCCCAUAUAGACGGCUACUGGUGUCCACGCAGUCUCAUAGCAGCCCAGGGACCGCUCCCCCACACCAGCGCAGACUUCUGGCAGAUGGUGUGGGGUAAGAAGAGCCCGGCCCUCGUCAUGCUGUCUGACUGCACGGAGGGGAACCAGGAGUUUUGCUCUGCAUACUGGGGCGAUAGCAAGAUGACAUUUGGAGAAGUGGAGGUGGAGGUGACCGCCACAGACGUGACUGCUGGAUACACAGUGCGCACCAUGCAACUCAGACACGCCAAGAGGAAAGAGAGGCGGCAGGUGAAACAGUACCACUUCCUGAAGUGGGCGGGGAGAGAACUCCCGGAGAACAGCCAGGAGCUGAUAGACAUGAUUAGGAACAUCAAGAAGGCCUGUAGUCAGAGCCAAUCAGAGAGCAGCGGGCCUGUUGUGGUCCACUGCAAUGAUGGCUCUUCACGCUCAGGGGUGUUCUGCGCCCUGUGGAACCUUCUGGCCUGUGCUCAGACCGAGAAGCUGGUGGACGUGUUCCAGGUGGCCAAAGCACUGCGUAAGGAGAGACAGGGCAUGAUCACCAAACUGGAGCAGUACCAGUUCCUCUAUGACGCUCUGGAUGGAGCGUUCCCAGUGCAGAACGGGGAAGUGAAGCAGGCCGCCGUCCCCUCGGCCGUGUCCGUCCAGAUCGUCAACGAGACCCAGACAGAGUUGACAGGCAGCGCCGCCGCAGCCUCCGACCAGCAGGGGGCAGCAGCGCCGCAGCAGCAGGCAGAGGAGACCGUCCCCCUCGUGUCCAGUUCAGGGAAAGCCACGGGCGCAGCUGAAAGCGAGGGGGGUUCCGAAGAGCCCAGGCCGCCCUCUGAGACGACCCCCCUGGGGGACACCAGCAACGGCCCUCUGGUCACCGUAGACCUGUGAGAGGCAAAGAGGAAACUGUCCCAGAGAUAAAGCGUUCCAAAUAAGAGGGGAUCUGUCGUGUAUAUGUGAGUGCUUUUGACCAUGUGUAACCUAUCUAGACCUAUCUACUUAAAGUAUGAAAGUUUGUGUUACUACUGAAAUCUUACUAUAGGAUAUGAGUUUGCUUGGCUUCAUGGCUUGAUGAAUGUAUGUAAACGUACUUAUGUUUGUAGAUUUAUAUACAUUGUUUAUGUAAAAUGUGCAUGUUUUUAUGUUUUAUAUGUAAUUCUAUACUAUGGUGUAAUUUUGUAACUUGGCAGAUUUUAAAUUGAAAACUAAAUUAUAAGUUGGGUUACCCUAAUUGUUCUUAAACUUCCAAAAUGGUUGGUUGUAUUUUUUCAAGCAAAGUGAAAAAAACGAACUUUGUACUACUUGCUGUUUUCAAACUAUGAGAUGUUUCAUCAAACAUGGAUGUUACAAAAUUACAAAAAUGUGUUUAUGUAGUUAAGCUUAAAUAGUUGGUUGAUAAGACAAUAUGCUUUUCUGUACUGCAGUACAUUUCUAUAGAAAUAAAAAUUAUACAAAAUUA